AUGGCGGCCUGUACGUUUACUGCUGCUGGCUUUCCCAGCGGAAUGCCAGCUUGCGAUCUUCAGAGAACACCGACUUCAAAAUCCGAAGGAGCGGUGUCUUCUCCAGCGCACCAGCCCGUGAAAGGCCGAGUGAGCACUGGAUCGACCGUCGCGACUGCACGGGACCUGGACGUGUCCCCACGCGAUGAGACUUCGCAGGAGGCCCAGGAGCCACCUUGCGAAGCCACGAUGCAGGACGACAGAGCUGGAUUGCAGAUGCUGGUCUCGCAGCUGGAGCAAGGCAUGUGGUACCUCCAGGAGGAGCUGCGGCGAGAGCGCCAGGAGCGGCAUGAGGCGGACGCCAGUUGCGAGAGCUUGAAGACCGAGCUUUUCAGAUCUUGA